CAAGAGAGAUAUAAGCUGGUUGAUAUCCCUUCUCACCCUGGGGCCUCAUGAUCGCAAGUGCUCAAACUCUUAACUUUACAUUGUCUACACUCCAUCGUCUUCAAGCAGUCUCCCCUCUCCCCCUAACCCUCCACCUUUUUGCCUUCAAACUUAGAUUGAAGCCUCUCCCGGGGAGAGUACGGGUGCAGUGCCAAGAUGGUCACUCUCCUCCACGCCCUUACGAGGGCCAAUCCCCGGCCCAAUACCCAGGAUGUGAGUCCCGGCAUCAACACAACUGUCCGCGGCUCCAUCCUGCCCGACACAUGGAUUCCAUGGACCGACUUCAAUUACGACACUCUGACCAGCAUCUUCGAGGGGGAACUUGGCGGACAGUACGAGGGUGAUCCAGAUCCAGACCCUCUACCUCUUGACCUGCGCAUCUGCAACGAGGACACCCUCCAAACUGUCUUGCAACGAUUCAUCAUGCCAACCGUCAACUACUCCCUACAUGGCCAAGCCGGCGGCUGCCAUUACGGACCAGGCAGUCGGUGCGCGGUCGAUAUUAAGCCUGACUGGUCUUGUAUAGCCCACGGACAAUACAUCAAUGUGGUCCCAGGGGACACGAAACUCAGCGCCAAGUGGUGGCCUAACAUGAGUGAGUCACGGUCGUCAGGAGUCUUCCAUGAAUGGCAGAAGGUUGUGGGCCAGGUCUCCAAGUACAUGGCAUACAGCACUGUCAGGUACGGCUUCAUCAUUACAGACGCGAGUCUCGUUGCUCUUAGGAUCACCCGUCUUGCCACCAGCCCAGGCCUGACCGCCGGACGUCUCCAGAGGGCGACUGCUGGCGGUGGUCACCGGAUAAAUUUUUCCGGCCUAUCGAUAGGGGAAGAAUCAUCAUUCGCCGACGAAUCGUCACUCGCCAACGAAUCAUCAUUCGCUGACGUGGACCCGUUGGAUUGGGAGUACCAGCCCCCUGAGUACGCGGUCAUCCCCUGUGGCAACUCCGGCACUGGCCGGCUUACCGUGAAGCUUGCCCUCUGGUGCUUGGCCAUGAUGUCGGCAAAUGGCGACAACUUCCUCGACCUUUCCUAUCCCGGUCUUGACACCUGGCGCAAGGCUGAGAAGGGGUAUGUCCACAACACUUCGGGCGCCAUCAAACGACGCCUACACAGAGACGAUGAUGUCCACCAAGAGCCAGACCCCGAACGAGCCGCCAGACAGGCCGCCCAAGCCGGGCCGAGCGUGUACGCAGAAGAGCCAGAGGAGGGCGACGCCGGCAGAGUCGACGAUUGCGUGCCGCAGUUCAGCCAGACUGCAGUGGCCUCCGGCGAGGGUAAUGCCCACAGCGGCGAUGGCAACGAAGAAGAAGAGGAAGUGCCAGCGCCGAAGCUGAAGACCGUCGAGAUAAAGAGGCGCAGAUCUGAUAAGACGCUUUACUUCGUGGACGCCAAGGGAAAGGAGGUGGACACUAGGAAAUCGAAGUGGACCACAGUGCCGGGGGGAUACCAACUCCGGGGCAAGAAGCACACCUAUUUUACCAAGUCGUUCCCCAUCUAACCUGUCGCUCUCUGAGGCUCGCCUUUCCCUGCAACGGAGAUCAUCACACAUUUCUUCCUGUUCCCUGCUUUUCGGAUUGCCCCGUUUGCCAUCCUCGCUCCCU